CCAUGUUGGGGUUUGGAUGUAUGGGGCUUACAGGAAUAUACAAUUAUCCUGUCCCUGAAGAUGUUGACAUCUCCAUCAUCAAGCAAGCAUUCGACAUAGGAAUCACUUUCUUUGAUACAUCAGAUAUCUAUGGACCCAAAAGUAAUGAACUAUUGGUUGGAAAGGCAUUGAAGCAAUUACCACGAGAGAAUGUACAAUUAGCCACAGAAUUUGAUAUUGUCAAGUCGGAUCCUGCGACUGGGAUUGCAAUAAAUGGUAUCUCUGAACAUGUCCGCGCCUCGGUCGAGGCUAGCCUGAAGCGCCUUGAUGUUGAUUACAUUGAUCUCUACUACCAGCACAGGGUCGACACUAAAACACCAAUAGAGGAUAUUAUGGGAGAACUGACGAAGCUGGUAGAAGAGGGGAAGAUAAAGUACAUUGGUUUAUCUGGAGCUAGCCCUGAAACUAUAAAAAGGGCACAUGUUGUUCAUCCUGUGUCUGCCAUAAAAAUGAAGUGGCCGCUUUGGACUCGCGAUAGCGCGGACGAAAUAAUCCCCCUUUGCAGGGAACUUGGGAUUGGGAUAGUUCCAUAUAGCCCGCUCGGUCGUGGUUUCUUCGGUGGCAGGACUGUUGCGGAAACUGUGCCUGGAAUUAGUUUUCUGGUACGGAAACUAAGCUCUUUAUCGAUUGUUUCUUUUGGCCAGUCAAGUUCUUUUUGGCUUUAA